UGGCAUCUUUACUUGUUUAGAAUCGUGCUUGGUACUGUUGUCGAUGCUUAUUACUCUUCUCUAAUUAAUGCUCUCGAAUCAAUAUUAUUUAAAUCUUCCCCUUUUUUUUAUAGAAAAAUACCUUUCUAAUUACAAUUUCCAAAUUCUCAUUUGUUAAAUUAAUUCCGAAGUUGGAAAAAAAAAACUAAAAAAAAACACAGCUAGCUAUUGCUACUUUGACCCUUCAGCCAUGGCAUCGUUCUUCAACUUGUGUUUUCCUUGGUUAAAAUCCAAAGAAAGUCGCAGCGCAGAUAUGUCCACGCAACCAGACAAUUCUCAUGAUCAUCCUUCCGACACAAAAGAUAUUCAUUGUAUGAGAAAAUCAGAUGAGAACAGCAAGAGAAUAUUGAGGACAGCUAAUUAUGAGCCAUUAAUGGUAACAGCAUGUGCAGCAUCACGUAGAAGCACUCAUUUGCCGGUUGCUAAAGGAGAGAGGCCUGAAGUAGGGCAUACUUUCAGCUGGGCGGAGAAAUAUCAGCCCAAGGCUUUGAAGGACUUUAUCUGUCACAGGGAGAAGGCUGAAUCCAUCCGGAGUACGGUAUGCCGUGGACAUUAUAAUCAUUGUAUAUUUGAAGGACCUCCAGGGGUAGGAAAGAGAACGAUGGCUCUAGCAAUGCUUAGAGAGUGUGCUGGAAUGGAUAUAACUGAGACAAAGGAGGAAAUCAGAGAAUUCGAUCUGAGUGGAAGCGGGCCAAUUUCUAACAUUCCUGUCAAAAUUGAAGUAUCUUCACAGCUCAUUCAGAUCGAUCUAUCUGAAAUAAGAUGGCAUGCUACAGAAGUAAUUUUGGAUCUACUCCAGGAAACAUAUAUAAACGGCCAAGCAAUUAUUGUAAACGAGGCAGAGCGUCUCUCUAAGGAUGCCCAACUCCGAAUCAAAAGCUUCCUACAGACUUAUAGAGGCCACUGCAAAGUCAUCUUCUGCUGCUAUGAUAUUUCCAGGCUCCACGAUCUCAGUCCCCUCUGCAUGGUUAUUCCACUCCUUCCACCUUCAGAUGAACAGAUUGUUGAAGUAUUGCAUUUCAUUGCUAAAAAACAAGACAUUGAAUUACCUGACCAGUUAGCCAACAACAUAGCAGAGAAGUCCAAACGUUGCCUUCAGCAAGCCAUUCGGUCAUUUGAGGCCACCUGGCAUUCGAAUUAUCCCUUUAAAGAAGAACAACUGGUUUUGACUGGCUGGGAAAAAGAAAUUGCAGACAUUGCUACAAGUAUAAUUGAAGAGCAAAGCUCUAAACGGUUGUUUCUUUUCAGACAAAAGCUUCAAAUUCUGUUGCAGCACAAUUUGUGUCCCCAAUUUGUUUUUUUUACAUUAGUGGAAGAACUAAAGAGGCAUUUGGAUGACCGAAUUCAAAUGCAAAUCGGAGUCUUUACCCAGACAUACAACGAUGAUCAGAAUGAAGACCUCUGUAUUGAAAGAAAGAAAAUGAGAAACCAAGAAGAGUUAUUUUGUGGGCAAAUGAGAACAAGGGUUGCCGGGUUUGUGAGGAUAGAAGAAUUUGUAGCUAAGUUCAUGAGCUUUUACAAGUACAACGGGAUAAAACAAGGUUGAACGUGAGAAAGGUGAGACAGAUAGUACCUGCCUAUUCAGAAAGCCGGAACAUUUAAAAUGCUUCUUCAGAAUUUCACUCCUGAGUCUGGUGUGUUUGAAUCGUACAGCAGUAGGAGGUCAUGUCAUCAUGGAAUAAGACCGCAUUGAAACAUUGCCAGUAUUAACAAAUAGGCACAACAAGGCAAUUCCUUUUGAUUCUUCUUCUCAGCAUUUUCUUCUCUUUUUCAUCAAGAACAUUAAGCCAGGAAUUCCGUGAAAUUUCCUUUUUCCCAUGUUUGUAAAUUUGAGCAUGUCUCAAUUUCACAAAAUCAAGCUACUUCGAAUCACAAUGA